CACGCGCACUAAAACGAAACUAGGGAAUAUUUAAACUUGGCAACAGUGACACGGAAGUGAGGAAAAGGAAAACGACGUUGCUUUCUUCUAAGAGAAUCUCCCUUCUUUUACAUUGUACGUCUUCAGCGUUGAAACAGCAUGUCUCACAGGAAGUUUAGUGCGCCUCGUCAUGGUUCUAUGGGGUUCUACCCCAAGAAACGUUGUCGCUCCCACCGUGGUCGCGUCAAGUCAUUCCCUCAUGAUGAUCCCAAGAAGCCAAUUCAUUUGACUGCUUUCUUGGCAUACAAAGCUGGCAUGACCCAUAUUGUUCGUGAAUGUGACAAGCCAGGCUCAAAGGUUAACAAGAAGGAGGUUGUUGAAGCUGUUACCAUUUUGGAGACACCCCCUAUGGUCAUCGUUGGCAUUGUUGGCUAUGUUGCCACUCCUAAAGGUCUACGUGCAUUGAAGACUGUCUGGGCUGAACACAUCGGUGAAGAUUGCCGCAGGCGUUUCUACAAGAACUGGUACAAGUCCAAAAAGAAGGCCUUUACCAAGGCUUCGAAGAAAUGGCAAGAUGAUUUGGGCAAGAAAGUCAUUGAAAAGGAAUUGAGGGCCAUGAAACGAUACUGCAAAGUUAUCCGGGUCAUCGCUCACACUCAGAUGAAACUGCUCCGUCAGCGUCAAAAGAAAGCCCACAUGAUGGAGAUCCAGGUUAACGGAGGAACUGUUCGUCAAAAGGUGGACUGGGCUCGUCAGCACUUGGAGAAGACUAUCCCGAUCACAUCUCUUUUCGCUCAGGACGAAAUGAUUGACGUCAUCGGUGUUACAAAGGGAAAAGGAUUCAAGGGUGUGACAUCGCGUUGGCAUACACGCAAACUUCCUCGCAAGACUCACAAGGGUCUCCGCAAGGUCGCUUGUAUUGGAGCCUGGCAUCCGUCUCGUGUUCAGUACACCGUUGCUCGCGCCGGUCAAAAGGGUUACCAUCAUCGUACUGAGAUGAACAAGAAGAUCUACAGGAUUGGAAAAGGAAUCCACACUCGCAAGGGAAAGGUCAUUAAGAACAAUGCCGCUACCGAGUACGAUUUGACAGACAAAUCCAUCACUCCCAUGGGAGGUUUCGUUCAUUAUGGUGAGGUUAAUAAUGACUUCGUCAUGAUUAAGGGGUGCUGUAUGGGACCAAAGAAACGCGUCAUUACUCUUCGCAAGGCGUUGGUUACAAGCGCCAAGCGUGUUGCUUUGGAGAAGAUUGAGCUGAAGUUCAUCGACACAUCAUCCAAGUUCGGCCAUGGUAGAUUCCAAACUCCAGCGGAUAAGGCCCAAUUUAUGGGACCCACCAAAAAGUCGAAGACCCCAGCUCCGGCUACUGCUGCUACGACUGCAGCAGCAGCUCCAGCGGCCAAAACCAAGGCUUAAAAUUGGUCACGUACAUUCUCAGUGUGUAUAUAAUAAUUAAAACUGUUGAAUACAUAUUGGAUGUUGCGCAAAA